AUGCGUAUACUACGCGUGACGUUCGUGGGGGUGUUUCUGCUUGCUUUUGCGCUUACUCCGUCUAUAUGCGAGUCGAGUGGUGAGACGAAGGACGAGAAAUCAACGUCAACUACCAAAGUCCGAGACCAAGACCCCGUUAUCCAAGAAAUUCGAGGUCUACGGAAUGCUGGAAUGCAGCUCAACGAUGUCAGCAAUUAUAAGGAAUCUAUUGAGAAAUUGCGUAAGGCCAUCACUUUGCUACACAAUAGGGUAUUUGGUGAAGGUCGUCACGCCAUUACGAACCCUGAGGACAUUUCGCAAGACGCAGCUCUUUAUGCUCAGAUUUUAAAUGACUACGGGUCGGUCCUGAUCCGAGCUAAGCUAUACGACGAAGCUAUUGAGGUGCUACAAGAUUCAAUUGCUAUGGUGGAAAAGAUUUAUGGCGACAGUCAUCCUUCUCUUGGAUUAUCAUUGCGGAGCUUGGCUGAUGCGCAUAUGGCUAAGAAACAGUACAAGAAAGCUACUGGUAACUACAAAACUCUCCGAAAACAUAUCGAAAAGGGACUUGGAGUGACCCAUGAAGCGUACAUUGAAGCUACGUUGAGGAUUGCGGAAGGAUACAAGAAAAUGGGCAAGAAGAAGAAACAUUUGAAGGUGCUCAAGGACGCAGUGGAGGCACAAGGUGGGAAGAUUAAUGGACUUACAACAGGAAUCGCAGAGCUUAUUAUGGAGCUGUCGACGGCGUAUUUGGCCGUGGAUGAAGUUGAUAAGGCGGCUGGUGCAGCCGAGAUGGCUCGUGUUGUAACGUUGCAGCGGGACGGAGAAGAUACGUUGGCGUACGCGUUCAGUUUGAAUGCGUUGGCUGGUGUCAGGAUGCGUCAGAAGAAAGUGGAUGAGGCGAUAGAAUUGUUGGAGCAAGCGCACAGGAUUGCAGUCAAGAUAUACGGUGAGGAUGACGCGAUUACUCGAGCUAGUGCAAAAACAUUACAUGACGUGAAGGAGUACAAGAUAGGAUUGGAAGCGAAGAAGGAUGAGCUGUAG